AUGGACUACCAGAACAAAACGGCGGAUGCCGAGCCCUUCUUCGACGACAGCGAAGAUGAACGGGCCACCGUGACUCGCCUCAACAAACAACGCCGCAAUCAGGAAGAGGACCGUCGCAAACAAAGAGAGUGGGAAACGGGCAGCACGCUGAUUCGAGCUUCUGAGCUCGAGUACAGGAGGGAAGAUGAAAUCGCUCGUGGCAACUACGGCACCGUCUACAAGGGCCGAUGCAGAGGCUAUCCCGUGGCGAUCAAGGUGCUGCACAACCAGCAGCUCACCCAGCAGAAGAUCGAGGAGCUCAAGCGAGAAGUCGAAAUCAUGAAGUACGCCGCCGCCCCUGUUUCCAAUCACACACAGCUGCCGCUCUGUAACCACAACCACAACCACAACCACAACCACAAACUCUUCAACAACAGGGCGCUGCGGCAUCCGUGCAUUCUGUUGCUCAUGGGCGUGUGCACGGAGAAGGACAACCUCGCCGUCGUCAUGGAAUACGUCGAGGGUCGCGACCUCGGUUCGAUCGUCCACGACCGCUCCAUCCCCAUCUCCAACCGACAGCGCUUCCACAUCGCCAAGGGCAUUGCUCAGGGAAUGAAUUGGCUGCACUGCCUGAAGCCCGAGCCUAUCAUUCACCGCGAUCUCAAGCCCCCUAACGUGUUGAUCACACGCGAGGGCAACGUGAAGGUGUGCGACUUUGGUCUGUCGUGUGCCAAGGAGAAGUUCGACCCCAAGGGUCCCCUCAAAGACAAGGCCGUCGGCACUCCGGUCUACAUGGCGCCGGAGAUUUUGUGCGGUAUUCCCGCGAGCGAGAAAUCCGACGUGUACGCGUACGGCAUGCUUCUCUGGGAGCUCUUUGCGCGCCAGGGCAAGCCAUUCGCGCACAUGAACUCCUUCCAGCUCUUCUGUGAGACCGUCGUCGAUCGCGACGAGCGGCCGCCCAUUCCCGAAGGCGUUCCCGACAACGUGGUCAAGCUCAUCCGCGACUGCUGGCUCAAGGACCGCUACGCCAGGCCGAGCUUCGCCGAGAUCCUGACCCGCUGGGACGACAUCAUUGUCGAUAACACCAUCCGGGACGUGGCCGGCCGUGUGCUCUGGAAGCGGCUUCACACACUCGAUGCCGAGCAUCUGCCGUGGAUGGUGGAGUGGGACAACUUCAUCCUGGCAUUCGGAGAGCACAUGAACAUGAAGCCCACCGCCCUCUCGCCCGACUCCACCAUGAUUCAGUGCGCCAAGCUCAUUCUCGGUAACACUCUCUCCCUGCACCCGGUGGCGAGCAAGGACAUCACGACGAGCGACACCAACAAGAGGUUCGCCGUUACUCUUGAGAGCUACGCUCGCUUCCUUCACAUUUUCGGCCCGCUCCGACCCACCAUCCUCAGCGAUUUCGACGAGCUGUGCAAGGCUGGGUGCUUCCACGGUCUGAUCGACUCCAAGGAGGCCGAGCGCCGGCUGGCGAGCAUGAAGAAGGGCUUCCUCCUGCGGGUGUCGGCGAACAACGACACCUGCGUGACCAUCAGCCGGAAGACGGCCGAAGGCUACAAGCACCAGAGAAUCGCCAAGAAGCCCAACGGCUUCAACGUGCAGAUCGGGAAGGAGGUCUACAGCUUCCCGUCGCUCAUCGACUUCCUCAUGUCGCCCCAGGCCAAGGAGCGCACCAAAAAGGGCGGCCUGCACCUCACAAAGGUGUGCAACAAGGAUUCGCCCUUCGCUGCCGUACACCACGACGUGCCGCUCGACCGCUCCAACUACGAGCCCUCGCCCCUGCUCCACGUCUCGAAAAGCCUGGACGAGCUCAGCAUCGACGCCUGA